UCACCGUCUCAAGCUAUAAAAACUCCAGACAGUAUCUUGCGAGUAUUCAGUAACCAGUUGAUCGCAGACUUGUCGUUUCGGAUUAUAACAGAUAUCGAACAUGAAGGUCAUCGUCGUUGUACUUGCCGUUUGCUUUGCCGCCGCUCUGGGUGAACUCACAGACGAGCAGAAGGAAAAAUUGAAAACGUACAAAGAAAGCUGUAUCAGUGAAACCGGCGUUGACCCGAACGUUGUGAAAAAUGCGAAGGAAGGCAUGAUCGAUGAAAGUGACGAGAAACUUGCCUGUUUCGCAACAUGUUUAUUGAAGAAAAUGGGAAUGAUGAAGGAAAAUGGAGACAUCGACAUAGACGCAGUUCGUUCAAAGAUACCCUCAAACAUACCACAGGAAGAAGCUGACCGCGUAAUCAAUAUAUGCAAAGACAUUACUGGAACCGGUUGCUGGAAGGGAGGUAAUAUAAUGAAAUGCGUUCUCCAAAACAAGAAGGUCCCUCUCGUACACUGAACGGAUGAUAACUUGAAGAUCCAGCUCUCGCUAGACAUAAUUAGUCUUAACGUUUAAUCUAGUUGUUAGAAUGACGUUUAGUACAUGCAUGUACAGAAUUACAUUAGUAUAAGUAUAUUUACGGGAAAAUAAAUAUUCUUACGCUUCAGCGAGAA